UUCCGACUUUUCGACCACAUUUCUCACAUAUUGCGACCGCCAAAACUUUAACAUGAGCAACAAGGUCAACUUUGAUCAAGAUGAGAUUCUAUUUAGUCCAUCCCUCCCUCUCAUUUACGACAAAAUCCGGCAACUAGCCGAGGAACUCGCCGUCCUGGGGAAAAUCGACUUCGCAUCCCAGAUCACAGAUCUUCUCCUCUCGCAGAACCGUACAGAGCAUGGAUUCAGACAGGUGGAGGCCUUGAAUUUUGCCUUCGACCAGACAGGCGACUGGCCAUCUGCCGUUCCCAAAUCAGCACGAAACAAUAAGGCGCUAAAGGAGCUCGAGCCUCCGCCAUCGGGCCCAAUGAACGAGGAAAAGUACAAUAAGCUCAUCUGCGAGGAAGAACGAUAUCAACGAGAUCCUGCUCUUUGUCUCGCCAUCGCCGUCGAACUAUGCGAGCAAUCAGGCAAGACAGAGGUUGACGAGAUGCAACAAGAUGAGAAAGUUGUAAAAGCGCUCAACCAGAUCGCAGAGCACUUCGACGACUACAUCGGCGCCCUCACAGUGCACCGUAAAAUCUGGCCCCUUCUCGCCAGUGGCGCUGUCGCGCAGCAGCUAGGCGUAGACGGCGCGGAAUUGUCGGCUACAGCAGAGGACGUGCUAGAGACGGUUCGCACACGAAUCGAGAACGGGCGACAGAAGGCCGACCACGAAGGAAAGCCAAUGAAGGAGCUACUCGAGAUACUCGCAGAAAACACGAAGAAGAAUGCAAGGCCUCUCUACAAAGAGAUGCGUGAAGACCCGCUAGAGAGCUAUCUGCACAAGCCCGCGACACUGAAAGACAUUGAAGAUCUCGAGAAUCGACUCAAGAUGUCUCCUCUGCCAGACGACUACAAAGAAUUCCUCCUCGCGUCCAACGGCCUCGAAGCAGUCUACGACGGUCACAACCUCACCGCACCCUUACGCAGCGCCAAGGACGUCACCAUCAGCAGCCUCUACCCAGCUGAUCCCAAUCCAACCUUGCAACUAGUCGAAGACUCGGACGGCACGGCACCGUUACAGCGCGCACACGGCUUCGAGGAAUGGCCGUCCGCGACAAGGUUCAUCGAGAUCGGAGUCACAAGUGAGGAUCCAGAAUUUCUCCUCUUGGACCCCGCGGACGUAAAGAAGACCGUCGCGGCCUACAAAGAGGCACUUGCACGUGAUGACGUCGACGACGCGAUCAAGGCCGACACGACGCGUGCAAUUGAGGAUCUAUACGGCGACAUGAAAGCAUUCAAGGAACUAGAAUGGGUGAUGAUGAAGACGGUGGAUUAUGUCCCGAAACCUGUUGGUACGUUCCGGCGUUGGUUGGAGGAGACCGUGAGGGCGUCGGGUAAGCCGGAUGAUGGUGGUGGCUACAGUAGGCCCUGUCUUGCGUACCAGUGCAAGGCCAAACGGGCGAGGCGUGGCUAGCCGCGUAGAAUAAAUGGCAUCCUGGGCGGGCUUUGAUCGGAUCCUUCGCCUAGGUGGGCAGAUACUGUUAGUACAGCGCACAGGUGUUCAGAGAGGCGAGAUAAAGGUAGAGAAAGCUUUCGGAUUCUUGAAUGAUCGAGACAACAUGCCUUUGACGCCUUUGCAGGUUGUAGCGUCCCAGAUCCUGACUAUACCAAGUGUGGACCAAAUGGACCAGCUGGUUAAGCUGAGCUCCACACUACAACUGGCUAUUUUAUGGAACAUUGAGCCAGUCAACCGUACCCUUGGUACCAAAGGCACUGUGGUAGAGCGGCCGGCCUACAAAGACGAUAAACCUCUUCGGAGUUCUCCAAGGCCCGCGCGAAUUGUUCACACUUCUGUUGACUUCUGUUGAGCU